CGUAGUGUCGAGUCGCCCCCCUACUUGUUUCACGUGUACCAGGGCUCUCCGCAUCCGGCCAACUCCCCACGUACACGCGCAUCACUGCUUCGCGUCUCUCUACAGCUGCGUGAGCAAUCCUGUCCGUGAACGGAAUAGCAGAGACGCCGCUAUCCAUCAUGUCCAACAUCUUUGUCUACCCGAGGCAGAACGCACCUGCCCCAACAGAUGGCUCCAACAGCAACAACAACAACAAUAAUAACAGCGGCCCCACCAGUUCGCCGCUGCUUUUCUUCGUUGCCCUGGGUUUCGGUGUCGUCUUCACAAACUUAUGGAUUAUCGUUGGCGUCAAGUAUUGCUUCCGAUAUAAUCGCCGUCGCGCGGCCCAGGCUGCCGCAGAUGGCGAACCAAUUGACAUGACCAACAUGCCUCGCCCGCAUAGGAGGAGGAGGGAGAAGAAGCUGAUGACCAUGGACGAGGUCAACGAGCGAUUCCCACUGACAAAGUAUAAGCAAUGGAAGUCAAGUCGCGAGACCGAGGGUUUACCAGCCAACGGCGGCAUCGCGACUGCGCCCCAGAGCAGAGCAGCAAGCUUGAAGGAUGUCGAGGGCGUCAUUAGUGCGCAGGACGAAGGCCCAGGACCGAGAACCGACACUGCACUCUCAAUGGCUCGCAACGAUCUCAACGCCCCGAACUCCUCUACCCAGCCUGCAGCCUCCCCGAGAACGAGCAUGGAAAGCAAGAAGAGCCAGCACGUGCAGGACGCCGAGAAGCAAGCCGAGGUCAAGUUGGACACAGAGAAGACGGACAAGACUCAAGGGCAGAGUGCUACCCCACAAGCAAACGUGCGCGAGCGUGAGGACGAUUCAGAUGAUGAUGAAGAGGAUCCCAUACGCACUGCUGCUGCACCAGAAAUGUUGGCAGAGCCAGGAGACACAUGCGCCAUCUGCCUGGACACCUUGGAAGAUGACGACGAUGUACGCGGAUUGUCUUGUGGCCACGCCUUCCACGCCAGCUGUGUUGACCCAUGGCUGACGAGCCGCCGUGCCUGCUGCCCUCUCUGCAAAGCUGAUUACUACGUUCCGAAGCCUCGUCCCGAAGGCGAAGUCGAUCCUGUUACUGGUCGCCGUUCAGUCGCCGGUCUUCGGUCGCCACCGCAGGCCGUUUGGACGACUAGCAACCCCUUCUCUAGGUCUCGCGUCAUGGUCAUCAAUGCAGACUACCAGCAGCGACAAGGUGUUGACCGGUUCGGGCGGUUGAAUCGGCCUACUCGCCGUGAGCGUGUACAUGGGGAUGCAUCGCAAGUGACAGGGCAGACUGGCCAUAACCAAGGCUGGCUAUCCAGGAUGACGCCCAAUCGAACACAGGGCUCUCCCUUCUCAAGCUGGUUUGGUCGUAACCGUGGCGCUGCUAGCACUGCAGACGCUUCUGUCCCGCAGCAGCCAACCCCAGGACAACUCGAGGCCGGUAACCGGUAGAUGAUGUCAUUCCGUUGUCCAGAUCUCUCAAGUCUUUCUCACGCCCAAUUACGAUUACCCAUACCCACCUUUCCGUGCACCCUAUCUCAUGCGUCCCAGUGAAAGCCACCAUGUUUUUUUCUUUUUCCCUACAUUCUCGGCGUUUCUCCAUCCAUACCCUCAGCCACUUUUCGCCUCGGAAUAAUUUCACUCGCAACAGCACCUAUCAAAGCAUAGCGAGAGGGUUUUCUCGAUACAGCAUUUGGCAGGCGACAGCGGAACGGAGUAUAUACGGAUUAGUUGCGAAUAGCGAUACGAUCAUGGUUCUACACAGGGGUGGGACUACCUACAUUGUACAUGUCAUGGUCUACAGCUUUGCAGGCGCAAUAG